CUUUGACUUUGGGUUAAAUGUCUUGUUAUUUAAGCAUAUUUCCACUCAGCACAAUUAGGAGCAGUGCUGUGAAUAAGAGGCUUAAUCCAACAUGCCAAACUUAGAUGACAUUCUAGAGCACAUUGGUGAGUUUGGCCUGUUCCAGAAAAGAGUCUUUUUUCUUAUUUGCCUCCUCUCUGCUGCCUUUGCCCCAGUCUAUGUAGGAGUUGUUUUCCUAGGUUUCGUACCCGAGCACCGGUGCCUGAGUCCUGGAGUUGCUGAGCUAAGCAGCAGGUGUGGCUGGACUCCCGAAGAGGAGUUGAAUUACACGGUUCCAAAGUGGAAGACCAGUGAGGAAGGUUUCACCCAUCAGUGCACGAGAUACAAUGUGGAUUGGAAUGCAAGCGAGCUGAGCUGUACGAAUCCAUUGGAAGACUUUACCAGUCACAGGAAUGAGAGCAUCUCUCUUACCACCUGCCAAGAUGGCUGGGUCUAUGAUUCUUUGAUACAGUCCAUUGUGAGUGAGUUUAACUUGGUAUGCGAAGACUCCUGGAAGUUAGAUAUAUUUCAGGCAUCUGUCAAUGCUGGAUUUUUCAUUGGAUCUAUAUAUGUUGGCUAUAUAGCAGACAGAUUUGGACGUAAAACAAGUCUCUUAGUUACCAUCCUGGUCACUUCCAUCUCAGGAGUUCUUGUGGCCUUGGCACCAAACUACUUAUGGUCGGUGAUAUUUCGAUUCAUACAAGGACUAGUCAGCAAGGGCAGCUGGACGGCAGGCUACAUCCUAAUCACAGAAAUUGUUGGUCCAGGCUACAGGAGGAUUGUGGCCAUUCUCUACCAAGCGGCAUUUACUGUAGGCCUCCUCAUCCUCGAUGCUUUGGCUUAUGCAAUUCCCUAUUGGAGAUGGCUUCAACUUGCCGUUACUCUGCCAGUUUUCCUUCUUUUGUCCUACUACUGGUGUGUUCCAGAAUCUCCCAGAUGGCUGAUCUCUCAAGGACAGAAUGGCAAAGCUAUGGAAAUUGUGAAUGACAUUGCUGAAAGUAAUGGAAAAAUCUUGCCUGCCGAUUUUGAGAGUAUAAACACCGAAGAAGAAAAUGAAGAAAGUGGAAAACAGAAACCUUCACUGAUAGAUCUUGUGAGGACAUCGCAGAUGAGAAAACACACAUUUAUCUUGAUGUAUAACUGGUUCACAAGUGCCAUAAUGUACCAAGGACUUAUCAUGUACGUGGGAAUUUCUGGAGACAACGUUUACCUGGAUUUUUUCUACUCUUCCCUAGUUGAGUUUCCAGCAGCCCUCAUACUCAUACUCACAACGGAGCAAGUGGGCCGCCGCUAUCCCUGGGCCACUGCAAACCUGAUGGCGGGAACCGCUUGCCUUGUUGCAGCUUUCACCCCAGAAGAUACGUACUGGUUAAAGAUGAUUACAGCUUGCUUGGGCAGAUUGGGAAUCACAAUGGCAUUUGAAAUGGUUUGCUUUGUCAAUUCUGAAUUAUAUCCAACAUUUCUCAGAAACCUUGGUGUGAUGGUCUGCUCCUCUCUGUGUGACUUGGGUGGAAUAAUUUCCCCAUUUGUUGUUUAUAGGCUAGCAGAAAUCUGGCACAAGCUACCUCUUAUAGUCUUUACUGCAGUUGGCUUGAUUGCUGCUGGAUCAGUGCUACUUCUGCCUGAGACCAAAGGGAGAACUUUGCCUGAGACCAUAGAAGAUGUAGAAAACUUUCAGCGGCACAAUGCUAGGCAGCUUAAUUAA